AUGGCUGCAUAUGCCCUUGUGACUGAGAACUUUAAGUUUGCAUCACUCUUUUUCAAGAGUAAAGAUGUGAUGAUCUUUAAUGGUUUGAUCGCUCUGGGCACUGUGGCAAGCCAGACUGCGUACAACGUUUUUGCCUUUGAUUGUCCAUGUUCUCCUGGGAGGAAUUACUACUACGGAAUAGCUGCCAUCGGAGCGCCUGCAUUGGCAUUUUUUAUUGUUGGAGUAAUGAUGAACAAGAGAACUUGGGAUCUUGUAUCAGAGUGUCGCCUCAGGAAGUUCAGGAAACUGUCGGCGGCAGCUGCAUUUGCAGUAUUGGGAAGUAUCUUAGGGCGAGCCGUGGUGGCACCCCUGACGUGGACUGUUAUAUCUCUGCUGCAGGGUCUGGCAUACACAUGUGCUAUAAGUGAGUUUAUCGAUCCCAGCAGCGUGAAGGGCUUCCCUUCUGGUUAUAACGUAGAGGACAUGGCAACGUUCCCUUGCAAGGACAGUGUUAAAGCAGAGCUCCAAGACUUUUGGGCAGAAAUUGACCGGCGUCUGAAAUAUGAGUCACAGCUUAUUGGCUGGCUUGUGGUCGCUGGAACAUCUCUGGUGGUCUUCAUGGUCAUGUGCAUGAGACAUUGCUCUUCACCCCUCGGCUACCAGCAAGAAGAAUACUGGUCCAAAUAUCGGUCCAAUGAAAAGACCCUCUUUCGUCGAACAGCCGCUGUCCACGCCCAAGUCAUGGCUGCAAAGUAUGUUGAGAGCUUCUUUGGUUUUGUUGCUUUGGAGAAGGAUGAGAAGGAACAUAUUUUGGAACACAAGGCUGAAGCCAGUCCAAUCUGCAGCAAAGAAUGGAACAGAGUGACAGGUGUCUACCUUUAUAGAGAAAAAAACGGACUCCCUCUGUACAGUAGACUCAAUAAAUGGGCCACAUACAGCGCAGAGAACAAAGUGGAUGAUUUUGAUAAAGAAAUGGAUGUAUUUGACAGUUUUAUAACUUAG